UUACCUUUUUUUGGUCAGAUCAGAUCAUCGAGUGUAUUCGGCAUACCCUAAACACCUUUAAAUCUGUACCAUAUACUUAGACUAAUCCGGUUUACACCUGAUCGGUCCAAUUAAAAGAUAAAGUGUUGGCCAGAUUGAUUUUUCUAUAUGAGAGAGGUUUGAAUUCCCAACCUUAUAAGGGACAAAAAUGUAUGAUCACAUAUCCCAACAAAAUUGGUUAUAAUGUUACCUUUUUCAGUCCUUCAUAUUGCAGGUCAUUAGCCCAUUACUGCUACUAGUCAGUACAGUACUGGUAUUAGUAGGUAGUUAAUCAAUUAAUGCAUCUAUACUCGUCUUUCUUAUUUGCCCACAGGAUUAGUUGAUCCAAACCAGGAUUUAGAUAGCUAGAAUAUGGAUUCUGGAAUUGAUUCUGCAAAGGGGAGAACAGAACCCAUGGAAAUCACAAUGGUUGAAUCUCGACCCGGCGGCGCCCACGGUUCCCCUCAUCCCCCAAAGCGUCGUCUCAACAAGUUCGCUUUUCUUUGCGCCGUUUUCGCUUCCACCAAUUCUAUUCUUUUGGGUUAUGAUCUUGGGGUGAUGAGUGGUGCAGUUCUGUUCAUUAAAGAAACGUUCAAGAUUUCAUCGGUACAGCAUGAAUUGUUGGUGAGUUUGUUGAACGUGUCGUCGUUGUUUGGGUCACUGGCGUCCGGGAAAACUUCAGAUAUGAUUGGCCGGCGAUACACCAUAGUUUUGGCGGCGGCGACUUUCAUAAUAGGUGCACUCCUGAUGGGGCUUGCGCCAACAUACGGCUAUCUACUGGCCGGAAGAGUGGUCGCCGGGAUCGGAGUGGGGUAUUCCCUCAUGAUUGCUCCGGUGUACACUAGCGAGCUGUCGCCGGCGAUGACCCGCGGCUUUCUGUCUUCGCUGCCGGAAGUGUUCAUCAACGUCGGGAUAUUGAUCGGUUUCGUUUCCAACAUUUUGUUAUCCGGGCUGCCGGCGAACAUUAGUUGGCGGCUCAUGCUGGGCCUCUCCGGCGUCCCGGCCAUCGGCAUUGCCGCCGGCGUGAUCAAGAUGCCGGAGUCGCCCCGCUGGCUCGUCAUGAAAGGGAGGCUCAGUGAAGCCAAGAUGGUUUUACGUAGGACGUCGGAAAGCGAAGAAGAAGCUGAUUUACGGCUAGAAGAGAUAACAAAAGCCGCCGCAUUUCGAACCUCCGGCGAGUGGCGCGGACAAGGUGCAUGGAGAGAGCUGCUCUGCCCGACGGCGCCGAUCCGCCGCAUGUUGGUUACGGCCAUCGGAAUAAACUUCUUCAUGCAAGCCUCCGGGAACGACGCGGUGGUUUACUACACGCCGUUGGUGUUCAAAUCCGCCGGAAUAACUAACCGGAAAGGCCAAAUCGGAGUAACAAUCAUCAUGGGCAUGGCUAAAACCACCUUUGUUUUGGUCUCAGCACUUUUCCUCGACAAUUUCGGGAGACGGCCCAUGUUACUAUUGGGCACAGUGGGCCAGGCCCUAUCCCUUGCUGGGCUCGGGCUGGGCUCAACAUAUCUCCUCCACGCCCAUCACAAGCCCAUUUGGGCCAUCGCAUUGUGUGUUCUCGCGGUUUGCGCCGACGUCUCGUUCUUCUCAAUCGGGCUCGGGCCGGUCACAUGGGUCUACUCAGCUGAGAUUUUCCCACUCAGACUCAGGGCCCAAGGCUCGGCCCUAGCAGUUUCAGUGAAUAGGUUGGUGAGUGGAGUUGUCUCAGCCACAUUUCUUAGUAUUUCCCAAAAAAUAACGUUUGGAGGAAUGUUUUUUGUGCUUUCUGGGGUUAUGGUGGUGGCUACACUAUUCUUUUACUUGCUAUUGCCAGAGACCAAAGGCAUGAGCCUAGAGGAAAUAGGGUCACUAUUUGAGGACAAACAAGAUAAUGGUGAAAAGGAUAAAGAUAUUGAAUUGGAGAGAUAGAUAGGGCAUGGAGCAAUUUCUUGUAUGGUUUUAUUAGUUAUAUAUAGUGUGCUAAUCCAUAAUAUUUAGGAGUUUGAUGUGAUUAUUUAGUAUAUUUAAUUAAGAAUAUUUGUGUUUCAUUAUGUAAUUGAGUGAGUUAGUGGCAUAAGCCACCUGUAUUGUAAUGAUUAUUUCAAACAUAAUGAAAAACGUAAUGAUGCGUGUUAGUUGUC